AUGAACCUGACAGAGUUUAAUCAGUCUGAUCGCUGUGAGCAUUUCUCCUGUCCAGAGAGAUCUGUAUCUCCUGCAGUUUAUAUCUUACUGUACGUGUGUUCAGCUGCUGUGGUUCUGCUAACAGUGUGUGGAAAUCUGCUGGUCAUCAUCUCUGUUCUUCACUUCAAGCAGCUUCACACACCAACCAACAUGCUGGUGCUCUCUCUGGCUGUGUCGGAUUUCCUCGUCGGUGCUUUAGUGAUGCCAUCGAUGUUGAUCUGGACAAUUGAGUCAUGCUGGAUUUUUGGGAGAGAUUUCUGUAUCUCCUUUUGGUUGACUACUUUUUUACUAAUGGCCAUAUCCAUCUAUAAUAUCGCUCUGAUCGCUGUGGAUAGAUUUAUUGGUCUGUCAAAUCCCUUUUCCUACACAAACACAAUCUCUAUGAGAACAAUGUGCACUGUGGUUUAUCUUAACUGGUGUGUAAAUCUAGUGUAUAUCUCAGUGAUCUUUUAUUACACAAAUUUUCAAACAUGUCCUGGAGAGUGCUAUUUCAUUCUGAAUAAGGUUUGGUUUGUAAUUGAUAUCAUAUAUUCGUUUAUAUUUCCACUUUCUGUCAUAAUCAUAUUGUAUACUCGAGUUUUUGUGAUUGCUAAGAAACAUGCCACUGCUAUCAGAGAGCUUAAUAAUCACACACGACCUAAAACACAGAAAAUCACCUCACACUCCAUGAAAUCUGAGAGAAAAGCAGCUAAAGUCCUCGGCAUUUUAGUGUCUGUGUUUCUGAUGUGUUUACUUCCAUAUUUUAUUUAUAGUUUGUUAGGUUAUGUUAUUGAACUACAGUUAGAAAUAUUUCAGAAAGUCACAGUCUUGAUUUGUCUUAAUUCCACCAUUAAUCCGUUUAUUUAUGCUCUGUUUUACCCGUGGUUCAGAAGGUGCAUUAAAUUAACUAUAACUCUGCAAAUAUUCCAGACAGACUCUGCAUUAAUCAAUGUUCUUUCUUGA